AUGGCGUUGGAUUUUUCGGCGUGUGUGCUGUAUAGUGGUAGUCCCUCGGUUGGACAGCUCAUCCCUAGACGCAAGCAUCGUUUUCCAAACGGUGAGGUUAGUAUAUUGUUGAGAGGCAAAAUUGGUAAAUGGACUCUGGCCUUAUCAAAAUUUGUCUUCCGCUAUGUUCCUCAUAAAGCUAUCAAAGGACAAGCUGUAGCAGAUUUCUUGGCAGAUCAUCCAGGGAAAGAGAUUGAGUACAUGGUUUCCAUGGAUAUAGCCAAUGCAGAUCUGCUAAGUAGAGCUCACACUUAUCUCAAUAAUCCCAUAUACUCGGUCCGUCUCACCCCAUGGAAGCUGUAUUUUGAUGGAUCUAAAACAGACUUGGCCUCUGGCACAGGGAUUGUUUUAGAAGAUCCAUUGGGAAUCAGGCACUGUUAUUCAUUCCAGCUAGAUUUUCAAUCCACCAACAACAAGGCAAAGUAUGAAGCUUUGAUCAUUGGCCUCGAGAUGCUGAUAGAAUUAGGAGUCCAGUAUGUGGAAAUCCUAGGAGAUUCUAUUUUUGUUUUGAAACAAAUUGCAAGAAAAUACAAGUGUUUGAAUCCUUCCCUAGCUGUCCAUUUGGUGGCAGCCAGAAAUCUCUUGUAG